AAUAUAUUAUUAAAACUGUAAUCACUGAAUCAACGGUUAAAUGCCUGGUUGGUGGGGGGAUUCAAUUUCGCUUCUCUCUCAUCAAUUUUCUGUUUAUGCCACUGGAACUCCAUUGUGGGAGAGGAGAUACGUCACACAGCCAUAAAUUUGUGAUUAUACAGCUACCAGCAGACUCUGCUCUAAUUGAAUGGAUUUACUCCGUACAGCCAGGUAGGGACCCCUCAGUCGGAGCUGCCACAAUCCUAAAUACAAAUCCUGCUAAAAAAAAAUACAUAAAAUAAAAAAAAUCACAAGGACAAAGGAUCUAUACAGCCAAAAUACUUGGGGCUGCAAUCAAGAGAGAAACUUCCUCUUUCUGUGAACAACAAUAAAAGCGACUGAGGAUCUUGCAGAUCAGGGCAAAUCAGUUUCCCCACCCAGAUCACUUUGCACAAGAUCCAAUUUUUCUCUGGAUUUUCACAUUUAUGAUCAAGGAACAGCGCAGUUUUAGAGGAUGAUCCCGGAGCAACAAGAGGUGCCCGGAUGUACCCCCGGGACCUCUCAUUGAGAAGCACCGCCCCUUACCACGCCCCCUUCCCGUAAUGGACGGCCGGGAGUUCGCGCAUCCUCCUCACCUGAACCACCGCGGAGCAGGCCGAAUGAAUCCCCCUACUGGCCACAGUGCUGUACAGCACCCGGGCCAUUUUCAGGCGGCCAAGUACUUUUCCUCCCCGCUCCCAAUGGCCACGCACACAGCUGGCAGCGGCCUGAUGGCAAACUCCUCAUCUUCCUUCAUGGGCAGUUUUCUGAGCAGCAGCCUAGGAACUGCAGCAGCAUCAGCACACCAAGCAGCAACAUCAACCUCCUCCCCAGAAACCACCUACCGGGGCCCCCAUGGGGCUGGCACCUCCCAAAUCUGGUUCUCACACUCCCAUGAAGGUUAUCCCCGUUUCCCAGCAAGCCUUGCUUCCACUUUCCUACCAAUGAGCCCCCUGGACCAUGGAAACAGCAAUGUCUUGUAUGGACAGCAUCGCUUCUACGAUUCACAGAAAGAUAAUUUCUAUUUACGGAACCUUCCUGCUCAACCAACUCUCUUGUCUGCUAAUCACAACUUCCCCAGCAUUGCACGAGCUGCUCCUGGUCACCCCAUCGGCUCAUGUAGUAGGGACCGAGAGAAUAGCCAUCUGCAGAAGCCUUCCAAGGAAGCUGAUCGUUACUUGGGGGGCUCUGAGCUCAACAAGGAGAAGAUGGGCAAGGGAGACAUGAAGGAGCGGCAUCUAGAGGAGGAGGGCAAGGAAAGGCAAAAAUCAGUGCACCCCAUCUCAAUGGACAGUCAUUGCAAGGAGGACAUGCAUCAAAGAGGCUCUUGUGAUAAUCGGACCAAGCACCUCAACUCUUGUCUGAUGACCUCCAAGGUUUUAAAUGGAGACCCCAGCAAAGCAAUGCUAUCUAGUUGCACAGUUGGGGCAGGAAUGCCUCGUCAAGGGAGCCAGAGCCGAUGUGCCAAAGAUGUAAUGAGAUCAGAUCGAUCUUUUCCUCAGCAUGAGCCCCAACAACCAUACAACGAGUGCCUGGAGAGGAGGCAAAUGCUUCACCAUUCUGUGUCAUACACUGUCCCUUCCAGCCUCCCCAGCAUUCCUGCCCCACUUAACACCUCCUCUGGCUCUUUUCCCUGUCUCCAGCUCCAUUCCAACCCUGAUGUGGUAUGCUCUUUGCAGGAUAAGGCUGGAAGGGAGUUAAAGAUGGGCAGGCCCACCUUUGUGCCUUCUGUGGGGCACUUCACUGAUAAAAGCAGGCCUUUUCAGGUGACUCCAGAGGGCUGCCAUUUGGAUAGGGGAGAUGGAAAGGACAAGGGUCAUGAAAUGAACUCUGACACUCACCUCCAAGGGCCUUACUCCAACUCAUUUUCACACCUGAAAGCUGAGGCUAAAGGAGAUAGGAGGCAGGAGUGGCAUCAGAACACAGCCACAAGGAUCAAAAACUUUGAAUUUUUGAACAGUGGGGGCUCAGAAUCUGCUAUGCAGAGGGGCAUGGAGAAAGGGGGGUACUUUGAGUUGCCUCCCUCACAGGAUUGCCCCCGUCCAAAUCAUCAGGAUGUGCAUUGUGUAAAAAACAGCCAAUCCUGCUGCACUUUAGAAAGGGCCUCUAAAGACUCUCAGUCCCACAGCUCUCAGAAGGUUGCUAGAAUAAGGCACCAACAGCACAGGCCUUCUGACAUGGAGCAAACAAGUAGUAACCAGGAUGGAAAGAGAAAGUCCAUUGAACUGAGCUCCCUAGGCUACAAUCAUCUGCCCCCAUGGACUGAACCUCCCAUCUCAAUCGGUGAUGAAAGGAAGAGCUCUUACCUUGAUCCCUUCAGCACAAGUUUACAACAAGCUGCGCUAAUGACACCAGGCCCAUCUCUGAGUCAGGAAAUGCAAGGCUCGAAUGAUGAGGUUUCAGCAAUGAAAAAUUUGUUAAAGUACAGCAACCAAGCACUUAUUGUGGGGCAGAGGGCCCCCUUUGUGGGUUUGGGAAACAUGAAGGCAAGCUGCUCUCACCAAGAAAUGAAAUUUCACUCUAGUAAGUGCCAGCCAGAGCAAGAAAGGAUGGACUGUGCCAGGAGCCGGGAGAACGAGUCAUCUCAAGUAGAUGGAGAAGUCAGACAGCCCCCUGUUGGAAUUGCUGUCGCCGUGGCACGACAGAAAGAUACAGGAAGCCGCCAUGAGACAUCCUAUGGUUCUGGUUCCAGUCGACAAAGGAAUAAUAUGGGUUUAAAAGCUGGCUCUGGACGAUCCAUGCAUGUAAUUGACCUGGAUGCAGAAGAGGAGAGAAGCCGCCUGUGUGAUGAGAGGCUAGGGAUUUCUGGAAGGGACCUCUUGAUGCAGGAAAACAAAGACCUGGUGGAGUUUGCCAGAAUCCAUCCUUCCAGUGGUUGUCCUGGAGACCUUACCCCUCACCUCAUGCUAGCCAGUGGCUCCUCUCUCCAAACCAGCCAACUAGGAGGAGAUCCCAACACACAUGCCCACCCUACACACCCUCAUUGGUUGCCCAGAACCAGGAGUCCCUCCAUUUGGAUGGGGGGACAUUCCUAUGGCAUCAGCCACCCAGCUCUGCAUCAGAAUCUACCACCAGGAUUUCCGCCUUCCAUGCCUAGUGCCAUGCAGCCAGUGUUUCCAUUGACACAGGAUCCAUCUGCCCAGCUUGUCAUACUACCUCCGGAGCCUUCCCCCCACACUGCUCCACACCCGCUCGCUGAUGUUAUGGAUCAAGCUUCUUUGUGGCCUCCUAUGUACCCUGGCCGUGGACCCGCCUCCCACCUCCAGCACCCAGGACAGCUACCAGUGUAUUCUCGCUCACAGUUUUUACGUCAGCAAGAAUUGUAUGCCCUGCAGCAGCAGCAGAGGGCUGCACAAGCUUUGGAGCUGCAAAGACAAAGUCACUUACAGCGAAAGCCAGAGGAACAUCUACCAGAGUCGGAGGAUCACCCAGACAAGACCGCAAAGCCCCACAGCAAGAUGGACGCCUUAACCACUUCCAAGAGCCAGACACCACCCAGCUUUCUGCUCCCACCGCCUUCUGCCCCUGCUCCCCCCAAACUGUCACCCUGCUGCCAUUCACCUGCCCUGAGGCCUCCAUCCAAAUGUCCCACACCCCGGCCACUGGCCCCAUGCACUUUACCUGCCUGUCCAGAUGCCAGCUCUGCCCUGGUGCCCAGUUCACCUGCUGUCAGCCCUGUACCUGUGCAGAGCUCCAAGGCAAAGGAGGGAGAGGAAAGGAGGGGGGAGGGGCAGCCCCCCAAAGACUAUCCAAAAUCACUGGAACCAGAUCUGCCGCCUGGAUAUGACUACCCAGAAGUUGUUCGAUCCUACACAUCACCUUCACCCCACCAUGUGCACUCUGCUGACCCUGCAGACCCAGAAACUAUGCAAAGGGCAUCAGCAGCGACUGCAGCAGAACCUGAGCAGUCCAGGACGUUAAGCCCUUCCAAGAAGCCCCCAUGUGACAUACCAGUACCAGGGGCCUCAUUGGAGGUGAGCCAGGAAUUGGACCACUUGGGGGAAACGGACCUUAGUGAGAUCUGUAGCCAGGCACCCCUGGAAACCCAGGAACCAGUCUGCGAAGAGGAGGCUGCUGCACAAAAUAUUUUGGAGGAAUCACAUCAAAAUACACUUGAAGGGGAACAGAUAGAAUCUUUACAAAAAGAUGAUUCUAAAGAAACAGACCUAGGAAACUCUGAUGACCUCAUUGAGACAUCAGAAAGACAGUUGCCAAACAUCUCUGAGGAACCAGCAACAACUCCACUAAAUACAGAGGAGCCACACCCUGAAACCAGUGAAGAUCAGUCUGCGCUACAGGAAGUGAGUGGUCCAAAGAUAGCAGAUACCGAAAUAGCAGAAGAAGAGGAAAAUGUAUUAACACCUUCGCCAUCCACACCCCCAAUUAUUACUGACUAUCAGGAUUCCAUCUACAGUUUGGAAGCAUUAAUAGCAGCCAGUAUAUCUCUUGGAGAACUCCCCUCUCUUCAGGAUGAGGAAAACCUUUUCUCUACAGACCCUAAAGCCCUCCCCCCUAGCUCAGGUAUUCACGGGAUUGCUCUACUCAGCGAGUUGGCAGACCUGGCCCUGCAGUCACAGCUGGAAGACACAACAAAGGCCAGUGAAGAUGACUUGGUGGUCUCAGAUCUUCAGGUUUUUGCAACAAUCGCUGCUGCUUGGUCUCUGGCUGAGGCUGCCAGCAUAGAAGGAGCUGCCCCUGGGUGUCCUCUUCCAUGUUGUCCUAGCACUGCCCCCCGGGUUCGCCUGUCACGUCGAACUUAUACAUGGACUCCAAAAACCAAGCCGGUUUGUCCCCUGAAGGCUGCCAUAGAUCAACUGGACACUCAGGAGCUGGACAUGCGAAUGAAGCUGGCAGAGAUCCAGCGGCGAUAUAAAGAGAAGCAGCGUGAACUGGUGAGGCUGCAGAGAAGACAUGAUCAUGAGAAGGAUGAGAGCUCUAGGAGUCCAGCCCGACGGGGUCCUGGGCGCCCGAGAAAACGUCCUCAUUGCCGUGCCCCUUCUUCACAUCGGCCAUGUGAUCGUAAGAAACCUAAAUCUCUAAAUAGAAGUUUAGCCUUUUUGUGUGAGAAGCUGAGUGGUGAUGGAGAACCGAAAAAAAAGAAGAGCAAGUUAUCUGCAGAGAGUUACUCCUGCCGGGACCAUUCAAUUGCACAAGUUAAGGUCCACUGUAAAAAGAUAGUCUGCCCACAGAACAAAUUGGCAUCCAAGUUGGCAAGGAAGGUUUCCCAGCUUAAAAGUAAAGCUUUGGGUUCAGCAAGUAGUGCCUUCCGACGUAAGGAUGUUCUUCCAGCUAGCAAAAUACAGAAAAAACUGCCACGUCAUCGAGGGUCAGGUCUUGUGGUCAAGCAAAAUGUUGAACCAAAAGCACAGGGGAGAUUCAGGCCAAUGAACAUAGAGGAUGCAGAUGAGGAUCAUAAUGAAGAGUCUGAGAGUGAAGAUGAGGAACAUGAUCUGUCUGGGCCCACUGCCCAUGAGACUAAUCUACCUCUCCAUCCUCCUGUGAAUCCCUUAUUGGUUGGUCCUUCUCCUUCCUCUGUUGUAAAGAUGGAAGCCAACCAGAAAGCCAAGAAGAAAAUUGAGAGACAGGGCAUGCUAGGCGGUAUCACUAGCCCAGAUAGUGAAGUGAAAAUUCGAAAACGUUCUGCAAAGCUAGGAAAUCUGCUUAGCAAACCUUUGAAAAAGAAAGUAGUGGGUUGCGAGGGGAAACCCAAAGGCAAUCUACGACAGAAGAUGACCUCUGAUGCCCGGCCACUCACAGUCAAUGAGAGUCUUUUCAGCACUGGUGAACAUAGCCUGAAGAAAGUAAAAAAGAUUAAAGAUUUACAGAGAAGGAAUGGUGCAAUAAAUAUGUCCCUAACAUCCCGGGCACCCAAGAGCCUUUUGAAAGAAGGAAUGAAACUGGGGCGGAUGAAAACAAAGCAGGAGCGGGGUCGUGCAGUAAGCAAACUCUUGCAAAGCUUUGCAGUAGAGGAUGAUUUCCAAUUUGAUGACAACAGCAGUUUCUCAGAAGAAGAGGAAGAUUCCACCACUGGUGUUAGUCAGAGGAAGGAGCGAGCUCACAUCUGUUCACUCAACAAGGAAGAUCUAAAGGAAGGUUUACAUGUCCUUAUCCCGAAAGAGGACAACUUGCUGUAUGCAGCCAGCAUACGAAGCCUGCAGCCUCCUGAUAUAUACAGUGUUGUGAUUGAGGGCGAGAGAGGAAAUAGGCCUCGGAUCUACUCCCAAGAGCAACUGCUACAGGAAGCGGUGGUGGAUGUGAAACCACAGUCCACGCGCAGCCUCCCCAAUGGGACCCGUGUUUGUGCUUACUGGAGUCAAAAGUCACGUUGUCUGUACCCAGGAAAUGUAGUGAGAGGUUCCUCCAGUGAUGAGGGAGAAUCAGAUGCCGUGACUGUUGCAUUUGAUGAUGGAGAUCGGGGGAAAAUCACUCUGAACAACAUUCGUUUCCUGCCACCAGAUUUCACUAUCCAAUGUACUGAGCCCUCCCCUGCUCUCUUGCUGUCUGCAGAGAGCCGAAGAGCUAAGCGCUCUUCUGGUAAUACAUCUGCCUCAGGGGAAUCCUCUCAGAAUCAAAGUUCCGAAGGUGCAGAGACUAUCAAAAACAGUGGGAGAAAGGCAGCCAGCAAAGAGAAAACUGAGAAAACAGAUGUAUUUAACUCAGGUGCCAAGGUGCAGCUGCCAGACAACUUCCUAGGGCGUCCAACCAGUGUGGGUCUGUUGAACUGGGCAUCACAGGGCCGACGCAAAUCUGGAUGCCGUGGUGGAGGUGGACUUUCAGAUCCAUUUCAGACGCAGGGAAGUAGCAAGAAGCAAAAAUGCCGCGAACCUCCACAUGUCUUUGGGAAUGGAUUUGGGGCUGGGUCAUUUAGCAGUCUGGCCAACUCAUACACUCCCUUUGGUGGCACUUCUAAUUCAGGGCUUACACCAGGGCAGAAGCCUGUUCGGACAAAAAGAGAACGGCUGGAAGAAGAUGACAAGGGGAAGGGGAGCAAAAGAAAAGCAGGUGGAGAAUUCCUGGUGAAACUAGACCAUGAAGGAGUAACGUCACCAAAAACAAAAAAUGGCAAAGCUCUCCUCCUUUGUGAUAAGGAUUUUGGACUCCAUAUUGGACAAAAUUACACAACACAAUCAGGGCUCAGUAAAGACAAGAAGCGACGGCCACCUUUGCAUAAUCAUCUGCCAAUAGGCUUGGCACUUGGCAAGUAUGCUGGACAGGCAGAAUAUGGAGUGAACUUUGACAGUGACUGCCCCAGCUCUUACUCUGAUCAGGAUGAGGGGGAUCUGCGGGCCAGUGUCCCAUCCCAAUUUCUGGCAGGACUUUCUGUCUCUUCUUCUUCCUCUGGUUCAUCAUCGUCCUCUAGUUCUGGCUCCCUCUCAAGCUCCAGUGUUUGCUCGUCAGACAAUGAGGAAUCAUCAGAAAGCUCUGAUGAAGGGAACUCUGCUGUACUUUUGCCACCCUGUCUCACCCAUCCUGUGCCUGCUCUGCUGGCACAGCACCCUGAAGAAGGGGGGUCAGCAUCUCGUGGGUGCUUUGUCUCUGAGGAGAAAGCCAAACAGAGAAGGAAAGGAGCCCCUUCAAAUUACCCCAAAACCAAAGAGCCUUCCCUUCGUCAGCAACGCCUACCCUCGGUAGAAAAUCGGCCAAAGAUCUCUGCCUUUCUCCCUGCACGUCAGCUCUGGAAGUGGUCUGGGGAGCCCACUCAGAGACGAGGCAUGAAGGGGAAAGCCCGUAAGCUGUUUUACAAGGCAAUUGUGAGAGGGAAGGAAAUGCUGCAUGUGGGGGAAUGCGCAGUCUUCCUGUCAGCCGGCCGCCCUAAUCUGCCCUACAUUGGACGUAUAGAGAACAUGUGGGAAUCGUGGGGUGGCAACAUGGUAGUAAAAGUAAAAUGGUUUUACCACCCUGAAGAAACUAAACUGGGCAAAAGGCACAGUGAUGGCAAGAACGCACUGUACCAGUCAUCCCAUGAGGAUGAGAAUGACGUGCAGACAAUCUCACACAAGUGCCAGGUUGUGAGCCGCCAGCAGUAUGACAAGAUGAGCCACAGCAAACGCUACCAAGACCGGCAAAACCUCUACUACCUUGCAGGGACCUAUGACCCAAGCACCGGGCGGUUGGUGACUGCAGAGGGGGUGCCAGUGCUGUGCUAAGAUGUCAUGCAGGGGUUUGCUAGGGGAGGCUACCACUUAUUAAACAGCACUUCCUACUGUAGCACAUUGCAGUCACACAGGUAGCAUGUACAAAUAUACACACUGACUAACAUGCAGACACUGAGACUGACACGCACAAAUUUUAAACCUGAGACAUACACAGUUUUGUCUGACGGCUUUGUGUGUGUGUAUCGACGCACACACAAUGAUUCAUGUGCACAUGAAUAAUGGGCCUGGAGCACCAGAACUGGUUCAGCCUCCUAAAUGGCGCUAAGGGGCUAGGAGAAUAUAAACAUUUCUACAGACACUUUGCAUCCCAUGUGAUGCGUUGGGGAUGGGGGGUUUUGGACUGUCUCCCACAUUGUUAGGAGGCUGUGCUACAGCAAACCGAGCCUCUCUCUUUCUCUAUUAUUUUGUAAAUCCGAAUCCCACUGUACCACCAGAGAAGAGCUUUCAAGUAGUGUCUACACUAUAGUUUAAAAAAAAGAAAAAUAGCCCCUUCAAGGCCAGAGGGGUUUGUAAAGCACGGCAGAGCUUAUGAUACUGUGGAACAAAUGCAUUCUAGAAUCUUUGAUCCAAGGGGUUCGAAGCAGCAAUGCUAGGAAAUUCUUCAUUUGAUAGUUGCUUAUGUCUGCUAUUCUACAUCUGACAGUAUUAUAUGCCUAUCCCUAAGGACAGGUGCCAGUACAGGGGGAGUACAUAUAAGCAGAGGACCCAAGGUUCCCAUCUUCGUUAUGAAGAACAUUUUAUCUCUGAGAGGUAUAUAAAGAACUUUUUUAAUGGCACUUAUAGUUUACUCAGGAUUAAGUAGUCCGAGAAAUGAGCAGUACCCUACACUUAACACUUUAUCCGUUGGCUAGCAGAGAGGGGUGCAGUACAUUAUGAAGCAGCCCCUUUUGGCAGCUAAGGAAUUAAGAAUGGCCUAUAACUCAAGAACUUGCAAUCCAAAGACCCAAAUCAACAUUGGAAUAUUUUUCUCUCCAAACCAAGAUGCACAAAUCAAAUUGAAACAUUUCCUAGCAAAUCUGCUAUAACCUUCUAAACAGCUUACUUUUUUUUCAUUUUUUUUUUUUUUUGUAAUUGUAUUUUUUUGUGUGUUUAUUUGUAUUAUUCCUAAUUUAUGGUCAACAGCCUCAAGUUUCAAGCCAUAUUCUCCCCAGUACCUCUUAACACCUUUCUUCCCGAAAGGCAGUAUCAGGUGUAAUAAUUGUCUAUUUAUUCACUGUGUAAAUAGAGAAUUUCUUUUGGAAAGUUUUUUUAUUAACAAAGACAGAAAAUUAAAAAAAAAAAAAAAAAAAAAUUACGUUUAAUGUAAAAAAUCUUCCCCUAUUUGCUGUUGCUUAAAUAUAAAUUAUGCACUGUGCUCCCCUUGGCAAGGCUGGGAAUAUGAGGAAUUAUGUAUAAUUUGUAAUUAAAAUGGGGCUAGAUACAAGAAAGCACUUGGGGUCUAGGCAGGGACUUGAAGGGGCAAUGGAUGACAAUUUAAGUAUCUAUAAAAAAAAAAGUCACAUUUAAAUGCUUUUAUUGUUUUAAAAAAACGCCACCAAAUUCCUGGAAAUAUGUAAAUAGAUUGUCUGAAAUAUUUUUUUUGUGUUGUUUAAGACAUUUUUUUAAGAAAAAAGUAAUGAAAAUGUAUUGGGAAUGUCAAUAUGGUCCGAUGGAUUAAAAAGGAAAUAUUCUAUAAAUAUAUAUUAUAUAAAUCA